GUUUUACAUAAAUGGCACCUUAGGGUUGCGCGAUUGAAUCGGAAAGCUCCAAAGCCUCCAACUUUUGAAUUUGAAACAGCAAAGAGCCGUUGGAGUUGAGAAACACCCGUAGAGAGAAUGGUGGAUAGCAGGAUAAAAAAUGUCUCUGCAGCAUUUUCGUGGGCAGAUGAGGUAGAGAGAGAAGAGGAAGAACAAGCUCGAUUUCAGGAGCACCAGAAGCAGAAGCCAGACCCUUUUGGUUCUGCCAGGCCCAGAGAAGUUGUUCUCCUGGAAAAGGGAAUUGAUUGGAGAAAACUCGACAUCCAUCUUCAACAACCUUCUCACAAAAGGCAGCUGGAUCCUCCUUAUGGGAAGCAAUGCAAGGAAAACAUCCCUGCCUUUGCUGCUUCAGGCAUCGAAAGGAUACCUUCAGUUACCCCAAGCAAGAGCCUAAAAACUGAACUGGAAGAUGCAAAUUCGGAGCUGAAAAGAAGCGAAAUUUUGCGGGUUCCUUUGGCUACAGAGAGCCAGAUUCCUGCAACAUUCGUACCUCCUCUAAGAUAUCCACCUAAAAAUGCCAUUCCUAGUUUGUCCGAGUCUGGCUUUCAUUAUUAUCUACAGGAAUUAGACAAAGGACAGCAUGGUUUUCAAAGCAAGCUGCCCCUAAAGCCUGGGAAAGAGAAUACAUUUCAUCAGCAAGUGCCACAGAAGGAUCGCUGCUUUCAGAACUUGAAUCAGGGAAGCCACACUCACCCUCACUAUCAUCGACAAAUAUUGCAAGCUGAGCGAAGGAGCCAGGUGGAGGAUAAAAUAAGUUUCAGACUGUGGCAAUCGGGUGGUAGUGGCAAGAACUUGAGGAAACCAGAUGCUAGUAGAUUACAGCAAGAUACAGAUUCCGCUACUGAGAAACUUGGCAAAAACCUUCAAGGAAAUGAUGCAGUUAGGCAGGGGGCUAGGCAGAUUUUGACAAAAUCCUCUUGUGCUGGAGGUACAAACAUCAAACAGAGGAAUGGCCUGGAAAGAUCCGUUGCUAAGAGAUCAAGCGGAACAAAAUUCAAUGUGAUUGUGCAGGUAAGAAAAAGGCGGGGGAACUAAGUGAGGAACACAUGAGACUAGCUGUGAGAAAGGGUAUGAAAAAAGCAGGGGAAAUCUCGAUUAUUCAGUGCUUGCUUUCAGUAAUAAAUCAAUCGUCCCAAUAACAAAAGCACUUCAGUUGUAUUA